AUGGGAAUAUUAUUCUUUUUCCCGUCGUAUUCCCUUGUACUUAACUCUGUGCUUGCCCUGCUCUUGCUGGCCACGGGCAAGUACAGGUCGUUCCUGACCUCCUCGGGACUCCUCAGUGCCUGGUUGUUGGGCGUGAUCCUGUGGGGGUCCUUGGGGUUUGCCGGCUGGUCCACCUGUGUGGUGUACCUAAUCGCAGGGUCGCUGGUGACAAAGGUCAAGAUGGCUGAGAAAGAGAAGAAGGGUAUCGCUGAGAGCCGCGGGGGAGCGCGAGGCCCUGAGAACGUCUGGGGAUCAGCGGCCACUGCUGCUUUCUGUGCGAUGAUGGCAACGUACUCGCUUCAGGACACUGGUCUCUUCAGGAUCGGGUUCGUUGCCUCUCUAGCUACCAAGCUCUCCGACACCUUCGCCUCUGAGCUCGGGAAGGCCUAUGGCAAGAAAACCUUCCUCAUCACCUCCAUGAAGCCCGUCCCUGCAGGGACGGAAGGAGCCGUGAGUGUAGAGGGCACCCUCGCAGGAGUUGUUGGGAGCCUUGUGAUUGCAGUCUGGGCUGUCAUGACGAACGUGAUGCUCGCCUCCGAGAUCCCCGUUGUCAUGAUCGCAGCGUUUGUGGCGACGACAUGUGAAUCGGUGAUCGGAGCCACGGUGCAGGAUAAAUACAAAUGGCUCACAAAUGAGGCGGUGAACGCGAUCAACACAAGCAUCGGAGCUGCAGUUGGCAUCUUGCUGUUCAACAUGUACCAUUGA